CUUCCGCUUUUUAAUACUGCGUUUCCGCUUGUAAACACCUGUGCACUUCUGAAAAAAACAAGGAAGCAAUGAAGCUGGUCAAUAUUUUUUUGCUGUGGUCUGAGCUGGAGGAGGACUCCGAACGACUCCAUCGGCGGAGGGUUGAACGGAGGAGACGACGGCUCUAUUGUCGGAGUCUCUGCCAUCACAAUGUCGAGGCCAGGCAUUACUGCCAAAUCAGUGCCACCGUGCCGGUGCUGCAGCGCUUCUUCCAGGGAGAGGACACCCGCCCUGAUUUCAGGCUUAGCCAGCAGGCUAUCCAGGUCCUCCUUGGGGUCCUCCAAACGGAGCGACAGCACGGUUGGGGGCCCACCAUGGAGACCCUGGUCUUUUUGUUUUGGAUUGCUACUGGCGCAGCCUAUCGGGUUGUGUCCAGAGCUUUUGGCAUUCCAAUGUCAUCUGUCCAUAGAAUGGUGCAUAGCAUUGCGGAGGAGGUGGUAGCUGUCCGGGGCAGUUUUAUCAAGCUGCCAUCAAAUGAUGAGGAGGUCAAGGCCAUGGGGGAAGGGUUUGCCCUGCUGGCAGGGCACCCUGCUUUCGCCAAAGCAGCUGGGGCCAAAGACGGGUCCCACGCCUCUCAACCAAACACUCAAGGAGAGAGAAGAAACGGUCAAACCGCUCCCUUGACUCCACCUCUCUCCUCUCAUCCGCCUGCCGCUGGUAAAGGAUAUCCUCCCUCACCAGAAGCAGGAAGGGAUCCUCCCUCCCUCUUCUCCCUGCUCCGGCCCCUGCUGCACCCGCUGCUCCUUCCCCUGCGGCUGUCGCUGUGCUGGCUCCUGCUCUCCCGCCUCUCACCACCUCAUCCUCCUCCUCCACUCUGACCCUUACCUGGCCUGGCCUGGCUGGGAGAGAGCCCACUACCACUGGCGGUGACACGGCUGCUGAGCUGCCAAUGAGCUCGUCCAUUAAGGCAAACCAGCGCCAUGUCCCUGCUGUGGGCCUGCCAUCCUCCGUACCUUGACCUGAGGCAGGGCACAAGGUUACAUACAUUGAGGUUACAUUCAUACAUGGUCACAUGCAUACAUUGAGCAAUGUAUGUAACAAGGUUACAUACAUUGGUAUCCCCAUGUACCCCAACGGUAUCCCCCUGUACCCCAACCCCAUUGUAUGUAUGUUAUCAUCAAGGUGAAAUGUAUAAAUGUAUUUUAUGGAUGUUCUUUAUGUGCCUAUGACGAGAAAUUAAAAUGAGAAAUGACGGAAAGAAAAAAGAAUUUCCCCAAGGGGCCAACUAAUAAACAAACUAAAUUUAUUAUUCUUUCUCUGAUCUA